CGGGUAGCAGGGAUUUAAGGAGAAAUGUUUAUGGGAUGCCGUGUAUGUACUUAAUGUUGAAAUUGUAUUAUGUUUCAAACUCCGAAGUGGGAUUUUGAUGCUUCUUCCGAAAGUUUGUAUUCUCAAUGGUUCGAAUCCCAUUCCAGAAAUGGAAGAAAGACACAAAAGAAGAGUAAGAAGGGUACUAAAACUAAAAGGAUCAUAAAGGAACAAUUUUUCCCAACACAGGUCAAUCAGGAUAUACACACAUCUGUUCCCAAUGUUGCAAGCAGUAAAACAACAAAAGUUACCCAAAAUUUAAUGUCGUUGCCAACUACUGGUAACAAAGUACAAAAUGUUGGGAGAAGAAAGGUUAAGAAUACAGAAGAGAAAAGGCGAAAUCUGUCAUGUAGCAAGAGACAGUAUCAGUCUUAUGAAGAUGAAAGGAUGGUAUGUAAUCCUGAUUCAAAUGUAGUAUCAAAGAGAAAGAGAAGACGGCGAGCUUCAUCUGAUAGUAGAUUGGUGCAAUAUAAGAAAAGAAGAAAGAUAUUUUCUCAAAAUGACCUACUGUUGCCUGGAAGUAAUAUUUCAAACAUGCCUACAGGUUCUGAACAUAAACUCAUGAAGGAGAACUGGAAAAAUCAAAAUCAGAAGAAACGUAAAAGGAGCACGAAUAAUAAAACUGAAAAUUCUGAAACACCUGGAUCAACAAGCCAAUCAUUGUACAGUAUAAGCAAACUGAAGCAAAUGAUAGAAACAUCAGAGUCUAAAGAACUAAGCAAAGAAAGAAUUACUGAAGGGAAGCAGGUUAAAGAAACCGGAUCAUUGCGCGAAAGAAUGUUGAAGAGACUGCAAGCAUCACGUUUUAGAUAUCUCAAUGAGCAGUUAUACAAAUCAAGUGGGAAAGAUGCAAAGGAGUACUUUGAAGCUGAACCGGAAGCAUUCACUGCCUACCAUGAAGGUUACCAACAGCAAGUACGACAGUGGCCCAUCAACCCACUUGACAUCAUCAUAACAGCUCUGAAAAAGAAGUCCUCAGGCCUCGUGGUUGCAGACUUCGGUUGUGGUGAUGCACAUUUGGCUCAAUCUAUACCAAACAAGGUGCAUUCAUUCGAUUUAGUGGCAAGGUCAAAGGAGGUGACAGCUUGCAACAUGGCUCACACACCUCUCUCCAAUGCUAGUGUAGACGUAGCUGUCUUCUGCCUUUCACUCAUGGGCACCAACCUAAGUGGCUAUCUUACUGAAGCAAAUCGAGUGCUUAGAGAAGGGGGCCUCCUGAUGAUAGCUGAAGUCGAAAGUCGUUUUGAAGAUGUUCGGGUAUUUAUCCAGAACUUAGAGAAAUUUGGAUUUGUAAACACUCUGAAAGACUUGUCACACAAUCUCUUUUAUUUCAUGGACUUCAAGAAGGAAAAAUGCAUUAGCAAGAAAAUGAAAAAGAAGCUACCAGAAAUAACCCUUAAACCAUGUUUAUAUAAGAAAAGAUAACUAAGAGUAUAUAUUAGAAAAUAAAAUGCCAAAAAGAAACCACUCCAAAAUAUUGCAUUUUUAAUAUUUUUAUACUGGAGGCUUAGAAACAUUAAUACUCUAAGUAUAGGCAACUCUCAUUCAUGCUUUAUCAAUUUUUUCACAUAUUCUCAGUUGUAUUUCAGUCCACAAAGAGCACCCAUUCCCUAUCCAUGGCCACAGCAGAAGCUGCUGAACAUACCAUGUGAGCUGUCAGUGUUCAUUCCAUGCAUUAGUUUAUGCGACAGUUCCCAGGAAUGCAAGCUGCCAACCCAACCCAACCCAACCUUCCCCCUGUACAGUAUGUCUGGCACAAUACACAGUGCAGUGAAGAUAUUUUGGACAGCAAACUCCACUUGCUGAAAGGUGUUGUGUCGACAGGAAUAUAGCAAGUAGUAUCUAAUAGUCAUUCACACAGCAGGAUGCAAUAAAACAUGAAAUAUAUGAGCUGUGUCAAAACUGCAUUUCUUAUAGAUGUUGUGAGAGCUUCAUCAGUUCCAUCAUGUAAUCAUGCAUCUGCAACACAACUAGAUCAAAGCACUAAUGAAUAAGACAGAUCUGUGAGGUUAUGUUUAUGAAACAUGUCAUUCUGUACUUCUCAGUGUACAAAAAUAUUGUGUUCAUUCCUGCUCUCCCAUCCUUUAAUAAAUUCUGAACCAAUUCAGCUGAUGUGGAUUGUGGCUUUGAGUUAUGAUGCUGUGUACUCUGGUAGGUGGUUACCAAUAUUUUGGAAGAACCAGCUACACCCAUCUUCAGGGUAAAAUAAAUGUAAAGU